UCUUUGAUUGUCGAAUUGACCGGUUUACAGUUAAAGAAAAAGCAAUAAAGAAAGAAAGAGUGAGUCGAGUUUUGUGUGUGAUACUCACCGUGAUGGUGAUCAUCGGCUGUAGCUACUACUGUCGACUCCUCUGUAUUGAGCUCGGUGUGUGUUUUCAUUAAAUUCAAUUAGACAAAGAUAGAACGACGAGAAUAAACGGAACAGAAUCACCGAGUCACACACGGAGAAGAAGAAAGUCUUAAAACUAUAUGCAGCCAGCACAUUCAGAGUCAGUAGUUAAUAGUCGUUCAAUCGCACAACCGAAAGCCGAGCCUUCAUCACACCAUUCAACGUAUUAAUUGUUCACUGGUUGUGUGUGUUUACGAAUUAAUCAAGUGUUUUAUCAAUUGGUGCGAGAGAAAAGAGCUUAAAAAGCAAACGUCGCAAUAUCAGUGGAAAUAUUGGAAAAAUAAUUUGUUCAAUUCAUCAAUUUUUAUACCGUCGAUAAGAACAACAACGAAAAAUGGGUCAAUUUGCGUGGGUAACAUUAGCUACGAAUGAUUCAUAUGCAUUGGGUGCAUUGGUUGUGGCACAUUCACUGAAAAAGGUCAACACAGCCCAUCAGCUAGCCGUUUUGAUCACACCAGGUGUGACACAGUCGAUGCGCGAAAAAUUGCAAAUCAUUUUCAAUUUGGUGCAAGAAGUUAAUGUGCUCGAUUCAAAGGAUGCCGCCAAUUUGGCAUUGUUAUCGCGUCCAGAACUAGGCAUCACCUUCACCAAAUUGCACUGCUGGCGAUUGACACAAUAUGAGAAAUGUGUCUUCUUGGAUGCCGAUACUUUGGUGUUGCAAAAUUGCGACGAAUUAUUUGAACGCGAAGAAUUGUCGGCUGCUCCAGAUGUGGGCUGGCCAGAUUGCUUCAACAGCGGUGUGUUCGUAUUCCGUCCAAGUUUGGAUACGUUCGAUAAGCUCACACAAUUUGCCGUGCAAAAAGGUAGCUUCGACGGCGGCGACCAAGGGUUAUUGAACUCAUACUUCGCCAACUGGGCACAAUCCGAUAGUUCAAAACGUUUGCCAUUCAUCUACAAUACAUGCUCAACCGCAUGCUACUCAUAUCUUCCAGCAUUUAAGCAAUUCGGCGACAAUGUGAAGAUUCUUCAUUUCAUUGGCCAAUUGAAGCCAUGGGUUAUCAACUUCGAUCCAGUUGCGAAGAAACCAAACCCACCAGCGGAAUACAAACAUUUGGCCGAGUACUUGGAUUUGUGGUGGAACAUUUUCUGCAAUGAGGUUCACCCAAAAUUGGUGACAAAUAUGGCUGGAUUGGCUGGCGCCUUGGCCGGUUUGAAAUUGGGUGUUGCACGUUCGGCCGAACAAGAAGCAUAUGAAAAUAAUUGCCGACGCAACUACUGGGAGCACGGUAACAUCGACUACUUAGGAUCCCAAAUUAAGGAGCGCAUCAUUCAUGAAACGGCUACUGAUGGACGCCAAAUUACCAAGAGAAUCUGCACACUCGAGGGAACUCAAUACGAAGAAGUGGAAGAAUGGGAAGAGACUCAGACGGGCGAAAAGAAGAAUGUAAAGAAUACGAAACGUACAAAUCCAUUGAAAUCACAACCAUCAUGUGGUGGUAAGAAGCCGUCGCCAGCCGCCGAAGCUGCUCUCAAGGCACUUGUCAGCCAGGAAAUCGUUAUCGUUCCUGGUCACACCAAGGUUGAGUUUGAUGAGAAGAACAACAUCAAAACGAUCACCGAGAAAACCACUUCUGGUCAUCAAAUCACCACACUUCAAACCUUCCCCGAUGGUCGCACCAAGACCCAAACCAGAACCUUCUACGAUCCCAUUUCAGUGCCAAUCGGAGAAGACGAAGAGUAUGAAGAGGAGGAAGAGGAAGAAAUCAUUGAAGAAGAGAGCUGGCAACCAAGCUCAACCAACACUCAAGUCACUUCGACCAAUAAAAAUCAACAAGCAAAGAAUGUCAAUCAACAACAGGUCACCAAGAACACUACUAAUGUGAGCAACCAACAGCAACAACUUCAAAAGCAACAACAACAAACUUCAACCCAACAAACAACCAAGCAAGUGUCCCAACAACAACAAAAAACCGUCACCCAACAAACAUCGACAAAGACGACCAGCGAAACCCAAGUCCAUUCACAAAGCAGUAAGACGCAACAACAAGAACAACAGAGCAUUCAGAACACGCAAAACACUCAGAACAAACAAGUUGUCCAGAAGGCUAACAAUCCAAAUACGCAAGUCGCUGUUCCAAGUGGUCAACCACGCACCACUAUUGUUAAGAAGAAGUUGGACACUGGCGAAGAAAUUGAAAUUCAUACAACCAUUUCGGCCGAUGGCUUGUCGAAGACCUGUCGCCGUAUUGUGACCAAGCCAGCUGAAGAAUUGGAAGUUACGGAAUAUGAAGAGACUCACUCAUAUGAGCCAAACGAGACGAAAAUUACCAAAACUUCGCAACAAUCGACCACCAAGAAGGUGACCGAAACCACUCAAAGUGUGCAACAACAGCAUCAACAGCAGCAACAGCAUCACCAGCACGAACAAACCCAUCAUCAACAGCAAACGAUCAAGAAUCAACAACAAACCACGAAAAAUCAAACCAAUGUCACUGAGCAGCAACAACAUCAACAACAAUUGAAAAAUGUUGAUACAAAAAAUCCAACAGCCGUUGCACCAUAUGGACAAGACGAAUUCGUUGCUGCUCAACACUCGACCCGGCGCACAAAAGUGACCGAAUCGGUUACAAUGAUUGUGCAAGAUGAGCACGGCACCUCUGGUGUGACAAAGACCAAGCAAACCGUGAACAAAGAGCAAAAUGUGCUCUCUUCACAAACCGGCAAACAAGAUCUUGCUACCACUCAAAACCAGACGACGGUGAGUGAGGAAGAGCAUGUUUUGAGUGUGGAAGAAAUUGAACGUUUGUUGCAACGUCAAACUAGCAACGAUAGCAAGCAAAUCACUCAAGAGAUUUCAUCGUUGAGCAAAGAUCAAAUUGAUCAAUUGUUGCAACACCACAACAAGACCACCCAACAAAUCAAGCAAACGCAACAAUCGCAACACACAAAGCAAACCACUCAGCAAACAUCAACAUUGACUCAAGAACAAGUUGAGGAAUUGAAGCGAUUGCAACAAAUCAAGAAGACCCAACAAACUACCCAGCAAACAACUCAACAGACCACACAGCAAACUACCCAGAAAUCCAAGUUGACUAAAGAGCAAAUUGACAAACAAGAGAAGGAGAUGCGCCAACAAUUGGAACAACAGAAGCAGAUGUCAAACGUUGAUCAACGAUUCACCAAGAAUCAAAAUCAAACCAUUCGCACCGAAACGCAUAAAAUAACCAGCACCAGUGAAAAGACGUUCACAACCACAAUGGGUCAUGUUGUCACCCGUCCGGAUACUUUGCCCGGUGAAGAGACAACCGAAGAAGUGCGAUAUUUCCCUGGUGGUGUUGAGUAUGUCUGGAAGACGGUUCGCUCCGAUGGCUCGUCAAAAAUGUCAAUGAGAACAUUCUACGAUCCAGUUCCAGUGGACGAAGAGGAUGAUUCUUUUGGGGGUAAAAAAAAACUUCCAGCUGCACAUGCCUCUAAUGUCGGCGCUCAGUCAGGAUUAAAGAAAUAAGAAAUGCAAACGAAUGAAUCUCAUUGAGAAUGAACGAGAUCAAAUACGACCUUGAUCUCAAUCAGGCUUGAGCAAUGCUCAAUUUUUGCCCAAAUCGAAGAAAAAAGAACAACAACCAUCACCAUUGAGUUCUCGAUUUUUAAAACAAUUCAUGUUUUUUUAUUCAAUUUAUUCUUUUUCUACGCUUUUCAUUGCUUUUAUUAACAAACGGCUGCAUUUCUCAAAUUGCGUUUCUUUCGUUUACAUUCGCAUUUCUUUUUUUCUGAUGAUGUUUUUUCAUAAUAAAUAUAAAUAUUGUUCCACACAUUUUGCGUCGACAAUAUUUUUUGAAACAUGUUUUAGAUUGAUUCCCGUUAAAUAAAAGAAAAAAAAAUUAGGCCAACAAAAUGUCUUCAAGAUUCUCAGAAUUUAGUAUUAUCUUCCUUUUCAUUUCUUUCAAAAAAAAAAUUCUUAGAAUUUAUUGUAAAACUAACAACAAAUUAUCCCCACACACAAAAAAAACAGUCUUCAUUUUUUCCCAUAAAAAGGAUAAAUGUGGAGAUACAUGGAUAAAAAAUCAAACAAUUUUAUGAAAAAUAUGUUACAGUAGAUUUUAUGAAAUUGUUUAAAAAAAAAGGUAAAUCAAUAUUUAAAAAAAUGCAAUAAAAAAGUUACAAUAAAAUGAAAUCAAAACGAAAA